UACAACUAAAUUGUUUUGCAAAACACUAUUGAAAGUAAAUAAAAGUAAGUUUGAUUUUACAAGUAAUGCCCCCUAAACAAAACAUUGAUGUGCAGCUGAGUAAGAAGCUGUCUUGGUUGCUGCGGCAUGGUGCAAAAUCUGAGGGGAUUCCGAUCCAGUCAGAUGGUUUCGUUAGUGUUUCUGACCUGCAGGAACACCCGCGAUACACAUCCUUCACUCUGGAAAAACUGAAGCAGAUUGCAUCUGCAGAUACUAAGCAAAGAUAUUCUCUUCGAUGGAAUCCAGAACGCGGUAUCUACGAAAUUCGCGCCAAUCAAGGACAUUCGUUGCCCGUCGUAGAGAGUGAAGCUAGCGGCCUAGAGAAGAUUACCCAUAUGGCAGAGGUGCCCAUGGCUGUACAUGGAACCUACUACAGGCAUUGGGAAGCGAUAAGGAUUACAGGACUGAGUAGGAUGACGCGCAAUCAUGUGCACUUUGCCACCAGCGAUAAAACCAACUGCAUCUUGAGUGGAUUUCGAAGCGAUUGUCAGAUAUUGAUAUAUCUAAAUGUAGAAAAGGUGCUGGCUGAUGGAAUACCCAUCUACCGCUCUAACAAUAAUGUACUGCUUUGCCCAGGAAUCAAUGGUCUUAUACCUAAAACCUAUUUCCUGAGGGUGGUAGAUAGGAAAACCGAGCAGCCCUUAACUCACUGAUCGUUGUUACUAAAUAAACUUGAUCGACAAGCAAUAAUUUAAACGU